AUGGACCAUGCCAACGCCCAAGACCCGAAUACGGCCGACUCGACUAAUCUUUUGAGACGGGCAUCGACCAUCAACGUCACCAACACUGCGGUGACGUAUACUACUACUGUUGGCGUUGGUAGUCCCGCGACGGACUAUAAUCUCUUAAUUGAUACGGGCUCUUCGAACACUUGGGUGGGCGCGGGCAAGCCAUAUUCACAGACUAGCUCCAGUAAAGCAACUGGAGGCUCAAUCACCGUCAAUUACGGCUCCGGAAAGAUUGUAGGCAUCGAAUACACUGACACAGUCUCGCUUUCUGACUCGCUCGUCAUCGACAAGCAGAUGAUUGGCGUAGCUACUUUGGCAAGCGGAGUCUCAGACGGUGUAGACGGAAUUCUUGGUCUUGGACCCGUCGCCUUGACCUCUGGCACCGUCACUGGUAGUCAGAAGGUUCCAACCGUCGCCGACAACCUCUACGCACAAAAGAAAAUUAAAUCAGAGGUCAUCGGUAUCUCAUACAACCCUACUACUACGACGGGUAACAAGAACGGCGAGCUCACGUUCGGAGAUAUCGAUAAGUCAAAAUACACUGGGGACAUUACAUACGCUUCUAUCACGAAAUCGUCUCCGGCGAAAAACUACUGGGGGAUUGACCAGAGCAUCACAUACGGUUCGUCUGGCCAAAACAUCCUUUCCUCAACGGCAGGAAUCGUCGACACCGGAACCACCCUUACCCUACUCGCAUCUGAUGCGUUCAGCCGCUACGAAUCGGCUACUGGUGCGACGCUCGAUGGCAAGACAGGCCUGCUGAAGAUCACGAACGACCAGUACGAGAAGCUCCAGAGCUUAUACUUUAACAUUGGCAAUACCAAAUUCGAGCUCACUGCCAAUGCUCAAAUCUGGCCUCGUGCACUUAACAAGUUCAUUGGUGGUUCUUCAGACGGUAUUUAUCUUGUUAUCGCCGACCUUGGAUCCAACAGCGGCAAGGGUCUUGACUUCAUUAAUGGCUACUCGUUCCUCGAACGUUUCUACUCAGUGUACGACACGACGAACAACCGCGUCGGUAUCGCGAACACCGCGAACACGAAGGUGACGGUCAACUGA